CGAAAGGAUCAUGGCGGAUGGCCCCAGGUGUAAGCGCAGAAAGCAGGCGAACCCAAAGAGGACAAACGGCUUUAGAGAGGAGGAGAGAAAGGGGCUUCGCUACCUAUGCAGUGGGCCACUGUCGGCCACAGAGUGGGCUCAGCGGAGGAAGAAAAGGCCUUUUGAAAGAGUGCGGAGAGGGGAGGAACACUCUUUCUCUCUGUGCCUGUGGGAAACUACUGCCCAAGCCGGGACUCCCAUUUGCAUAUGACCCACUCUACACAUCAAGGCAGGCGGAUAUAUGGAGUGAGCAACUACAGCCAUGGACUGGAAGGCCAGUCGGACUCUGAUGAUGAAGAUAAGCUUCACAUCGUAGAGGAAGAGGGAACCCUCAUAGAUGGAGCUGACGGUGACAGCAUUGCCCACGACGAUGACCACAAUGGCCCUGAGGACAGAUGGGAUGAAGUGAAAGAGGAGUGUGUGUCAGAAGAGGAUGAGAGGAGUAGGCAUGAUCUAGUAAAGGAGAUACUUCAGCAGGGAGACACUGCAGUCAUCUUCCCAGAGGCUCCAGAGGAUGAACCACGACAGGGCACACCAGAGACCAGUGGCCAUGAAGAGAAUGGCACGCCGGACGCGUUCUCUCAACUGCUCACCUGUCCGUAUUGCUCCCGUGGCUACAAGCGCUACACAUCUCUAAAGGAGCACAUCAAGUACAGGCACGAGAAGAGUGAGGACAACUUCAGCUGCUCCAUGUGCAGCUACACCUUCGCCUACCGCACACAGCUUGACCGCCACAUGACCGCACACAAAGCAGGCAGAGAGCAGCGGCAUGUAAGCCAAACGGGGGGAGGAGGAAACCGCAAGUUUAAGUGCACUGAAUGUGGCAAAGCCUUCAAAUACAAACACCACCUGAAAGAGCACCUGCGCAUCCAUAGUGGAGAGAAACCAUAUGAAUGUUCCAACUGCAAGAAGCGUUUUUCCCACUCUGGCUCCUACAGUUCCCACAUCAGUAGUAAGAAAUGCAUCAGUCUCAUCGCUGUGAAUGGCCGGUCACGACCCUCCCCGGCCACAGGGGGCGCCAAGACCCCUCAGUGCCCUUCGCCAUCCCUGCCCUCCUCGCCCGCCAGGGCCCGGACCCAGCACCGGGAAAAACUGGACCACAGCAAACCCCUGCAGGAUCAGCUCCCACUCACACAGAUCAAGUCUGAGCCACUGGACUACGAGUACAAGCCUGUGGUGGUGGCGGCCCAAACUGCUGGAGGAGUUAACGGCGUUUUCCAGGGAAGAGCGACGGCUCCUCUUCAGGGGGCAGUGCAAGCUGUGGUCCUUCCCACUGUGGGCUUGGUCUCCCCGAUCAGCAUCAACCUGGGUGACCUGCAGAACAUGCUGAAGGUGGCAGUGGAUGGGAACAUGAUCAGACACGUGCUGGAGAACACCCAGACCAAGGGCCAGCCCACAGGCACAGCUGUCACAGGAACCAACAGAGUGGCCAUCGCACAGGCCCCUCAGCAGGUCAUCCAAGCCAUCAGUCUUCCCAUUGUAGACCAGGAUGGGACCACAAAGAUCAUCAUCAACUACAGUCUGGACGCAGCCCAAGCACAGGCCACCCUACACAGCAUGAAGAAGGAGCCCGCGGAGCAGAACAUGGAUGCCUGCAAGGCUGAGAAACUGCCCGAGGACCUUACGGUCAAAAGUAAGGUAAGCCGGGACAAAACCACCAUCACUGUGGAUGAGGAAAUGCAGCGGGAGAAGGACAAUGCAACACCCAGACACUGUGGCAAGGAGGGGCAGCGGGUCAAUGGCACUCACCCAGAAGAGGAGUCAGAAGUAGACGUUAAACUGUGUCCUGGUCAACCUCCUCUGAAGAACCUGCUGUCCCUGCUUAAGGCUUACUUCGCCCUAAACGCAGAGCCCACCAAGGAGGAGCUGGCCAAGAUCUCAGAGUCGGUCAGCCUGCCAACCGAUGUGGUCCGGAAAUGGUUUGAGAAGAUGCAAUCUGGGCAAAUUUCUGUGGACACCUCACCACAGAAGGAGCAGACCACUGGGACAGAAGGUGAUGGGACCCAGGAGGAAACUCUCAAAUCGACCCCAGAGCAGGACGAGGACAGGAGCCCAGAGGAGGAGAAGGAGGAGGAGCUCUGUAGUCCAGUAGAGGCCACUACAGCUUGUGUCAACGGGACAGAGAGCGGGCCAGCAUCCCCCUCACCACUAAACCUGUCCGUUGACGGGCCCGUGCCAGCCCACACCACAGAGGAGGGCGAUGGACCUCUGGACCUGUCCCUACCGAAAUCAGCGGGCACUGCCAAUGCAGCCAGUGCCCAUGCUAACACUGUUUACUUGGCUCAGGACGAGCCACUGAACUUGACUUGCACAAAGAAGGAAGUGCUCAACAAUGCAAGCCCCAAUGCUGCCAUCUAUGCCAGCCAAACAAGUGCCAAUCCCAUAAACAUCAUGACCACUCAACUGCCCACGCUGGUGGCGAUCACAGAGCAGGGCCAAGGGCAGUGUCUGCGUGCCCUCACCACCACUAAACAGACCAUCCUGAUCCCACAGCUGGCCUACACCUACACCACUACAGCCUCCAGUCCAGCAGGGGGUGACUCAAACCAGAAGACCAUACUUCAAGUCAAUGGCAUCAAGGAGGAAAAGCAGGAUACCAGUUCAGAGCUGACCUCAGUGUUGGAGGAGCAGACAGACUCAGAUUCUGGGCCAGUCAGGAAGAAGAUGAAAAAGACAGAAAAUGGCUUAUAUGCUUGUGACCUGUGUGACAAAAUCUUCCAAAAGAGUAGCUCUCUGCUUCGACAUAAAUAUGAACACACGGGUAAGAGGCCUCAUGAAUGUGGAAUCUGCAGCAAAGCUUUCAAACACAAGCACCACCUGAUUGAGCACUUGCGCCUGCACUCUGGAGAGAAGCCAUACCAGUGUGACAAGUGCGGCAAGCGCUUCUCCCACUCAGGCUCCUACUCCCAGCACAUGAACCACCGCUACUCCUACUGCAAGAGGGAGGUCCAUGGCCAGGGCCCAGCCCAGGGGACCGAGGAGGACGACAACCCCAGUGAGGGGCAGCCUCAGAGGGGCAGCACAGCCCCCUCGCCCCCCUCCCAGCUGGACUCGGACGAGCGGGGAAGCAGCGCCAGGGAGGACGAAGAGAGCGAGGAGGAAGACGAGGCAGGAUCGGGGAGUGUGUUGGACGAGGACGAGAUCCAGGUGGUGAGGAUUGGAGAUGAAGGAGGGGAUGAAGACGAGGAGAUGGUGGAGCAGGAGCAGAUGGAGGAGGAGGAGGAGGAGGAGGCAGCAGCUAGAGAGAUGGCACAAUGGGAAGAGGAGGAGAGAGGGGAGGAAGCGCAGGUGGAAACACUAGAGGAAGGACAGCAGGGAGAGGGAGAUGCAGUUGUAGUGAUGCAGGAGGGCGAGGAAGAGCGGGAGACUGAAAGAGCUGAGGAGGAGGAGGAGGAGGAGGAAGAGGAGGCGAUGGACACAGAGGAGAAAGCGGUGCAGCCAGGAAACACCAGAGACGAGAAAGGAGGACGGGAGGAUGCAGAGAACACGAAAGGUGCCGACGCAAAUGAAGGAGAUGCAGCCAGUGAAAACGGAGUUGCAGAAUGAAGAGAAAGGGGUGCCUGGGCUUUUGGUGCCCUCAUCCUCUGCUACAAAUAAAAAGGUUUCACAAAAGUUACUAAUAUAAAGGAACCAAGCCUGCAGAUGGUGCUUUGGUUUCCAGAGGUCGAGGAGGAGCGCAAGAGCACGCGAGAAAGAGAGCGUGAGAAUGCACGUGAGGACGAGCAUGAGAGCACGCGUGAGGGUGAGCGUGAGGGCAUCAGCACUGCGUUUGAGCCCACUACUGUGUAUAAAACCCCCUGGUGUGCCUGAUAAUGAAAAAAUAGUUGCUUUUCCAUGUCAAGGACAAUUUUCAGUGUUUAUGAAUAUGGUUUGUAUAAAUACAAAGUUUAACAACACCAACAAAACAAAAAAAAAUUGAUGCAUAUACAGACUGAAAGAUAGACAUGUUUUAGCUAAUAAUCUUUUAUUACUAAAACACCUUGGGUCAAUUUCUUUUUAUCAGUGUUACUAAUUUUUUGUCACUCUUGUUUAAUCCUUAAAAAGCUGUACAGUUGGGAGAGAAAUUUCUAUACAUUUUUAUUGCCAAUGAACAAAACUCAGUAUUUUAUUGCAUUUGAAGGAAGAAUCCUGUGCACUACCAUACUCCCAGUUUACUGAUGGAACACCUCUGUGGGCCUUGCGUUGUUUAAUGUCUACCUUUCAGUAUUAGCACUCUAUAGCUAACCCCUAUGCCAUGCUAGCCCCUGCUAGCUCCAUAUUUAUCUGGUCUGUGAGCCUUAAAUGUAAAAACAAAAAAAAAAAAAUAAGGAGGAAGAAGCAAGGUUUACACGGGUCUGGUGGGGUGAUGGGCUGGUAAUGACCAUCUCAAAUCCAAAUUAAACAUUUUGAGAGCCAAGAUUUCUGAGCAAUCUCUGUCAUUAUGUGGGGUUUGUAUUUGGAUUGUUGAAGAUUUCACAGGCAAGAGUCCACAGUCCCUGACAUCCCACAACCCCUCCCCCCCCUUAUGCAAAAUCCUGCAUGUUGUAAGUGCCAUUCGACAGAGCUGUUGCGGUUCUAUGACACUGUUGCUAGGCAGCAUGUUCACAUGGGGGGCUCACGCUGUCUUUAAUGUGGUAGCAAAUCUUUGACCCCCAAACCUGAACCACUAGUCCUGACCAAAAGGACAAGACUGCCUCUUUUAUGAACAAAUUAAUACAUUCUAAGAAAAAUGUAUCAGGAAAAGCAAUCAGAGAACAAAAAAGAAAGUAGUCUUUCAAGCCUUGGAGGGCUCAUCUUUUCUCCCGUUUGGUGCACUUCUGUAUUGGAUUAGUUGCACAUCUGCUUUUUCUUCAGGUAACAAACAAAUAUGAAAUCCCAAUUCCCAUUUGCCUGUAGACUUAGUUUCUAUUUUCAUAACAGUCAGUAUUAAUUUGUCAUUUCUGUUUGUUGGUUUGUUUGUGUUUUUCAGUGAACAUUGUGUAAGGUUUGUUUGCAGUAUUAUUCCUCACCCCCUUCACCAGUAUAACUUUACUUGUUUAGUUUUAGAUACCUUUUAUAUUUAUGUGUCUUAUUUUUAUAUUUUUCUUUGUCGUUAUUUAUUACACAAUGUAGUGUACAAUAUUGUAGUUUGUAUUAAUACAAUAAUAUAUUUUAGUAUGAAGAAUAAUUUCAAAGAAAAAUGAAUACAAAGCUUGGGAAGAAACUAGCAUUUCAAAGUGUUUUAAAACAGAAAGAGUAUUAUUUUCAAAUUUUCAAUUAUUUGAAUAAAGAAAAAAACACCCAGUACUAUCAGAACUCUCUCACGAUGCCCAUUCUCAUGUCAUUGUCUCUUUCCCCACUAGACUUUGAAGCUACUGAACAUUGAUAAACUAAUCGUAUGCUAUACACGCAUGAGUCUUUGCUGUUAUAUUGAAAGAUUGUCUUUAACCAUGAAACUGUGCUGCCCUUUUUACAAAGCCAAAAUCUUGAUGACUUUGUUUUAUUUGUGCCAAUGUUGUUUCUUUGUUUGUCUGCGUCAAGGCCACAACUUGUUUUAUAUGUUUUAAUUUGUUGGUUAAAUUUUUUAUAGAUAGUUAUUUUUGUUUGUUUGUUUAUUGGUUUGUUUUUUAUGACUCCCCAUCUCACAAUAAAAUACAUCAAGAAUUCAACAUCA